AUGUGCCACAAUUCCGCUGGCCCUCUGGGUCAUUCGUGCCGCCCUUGCAAUACCCCUUGCAACUGCAACAGUGCUGCCGUAAACCCCGACAACACUGAAGAUAAGGCAGCCGAGCCGAUUCCUGAGCUCGUAGUCGAGUCUGCUGGCGGCGACUCAGCUGACGCCAACCACAUGAACACGUCGACGUCAGGUGGCGAGCACGAGACGUCUUCAUCGUCCUCGAGCAACAUUGAUGGUGCGCAGCAGACGCCCGACUAUCACGACGAGAACAAGAUUGCCCAUGAACGGCACCACCAUUCUCAACCUACUGGGCGUGCGAGAUUGUAG